UCUACGUGCAAGACACGGUGGUGUUAACGAGGGACAGAUGUCCACCGCUAUAAAAGUCGUGGUCAGAUCGUACGAAGCCUCGUCGCCUUAAAAUGUCGCGCGCCGUCUCACAUCGCAAUCGGCCCCUCUGGCCAUCCUACAUCGCACUCUUAUUAUUUAUAUUAAUAUUAACAUCGACGACCUUGCAACGAGUGGCUGCCAGUCCUAUACCUUUCCAACAGGAUCUCGAGACCUCAACGUCCGAAAGUUGGACGACGGCGAAUUUAACGGAUAUCUUGAAGGACAGUUCGAUUAACGGCUCAAUGGUGAGUUCAAUGGAGAGUUCGAUGGAGAGUUCGAUGGGGAGUUUAAUGAACAGCUCGAUGGACAGUUCGAUGGAUAAUUCGAUGGAUAGCUCGACGGACAAUUCGACGGAGAUCACGCCCAACACCGACGUAUACGUGAUAAAGGCUGUGGUUUACGAGAUUGGGAUUCUCACGGACGCGGACAACACGACGAGUAGCGAAAGCACCGAGAGACAAGAGAGUGUCGAUAUAUCGUUGUACAGUGCACCACAGGCAGACGAGUUCUCCUAAUCUGAACAAAUUUUUCUACCUUGGGAUACGACGUACUGAAUCUCACGCAUCUAAACGCGCUUAUCGAUCGAAAGCAAAAAAGAGAAAUCUGAAACGUAAAGACUGCGCAUACACGACGAUGUUAUCGGGAAUAGUAAAUUAUUAAUUAUACGCCGUAUAAGAGAUAUAGAACGUGCAGACGACGCAUUGUACGCAAUUUAUAAAUUUCGAUAUUAAAUCUGUAAUGAUGUGA